CUUGUUCGGGGCUCCGUCAGCAGCCGGGGCUCGGGCUAGGGCCCGGGCCCCCGGGGCAUGACCCUCGGGCGUGAGCUGGGCGACGGCCCCGAGCCCAGCCGCUGGGACGGCGGCGCCGAGAAGGAAGAAGACUUUGAUGCUAGAAAGAAAAAGAAAGUGGAGGUGAUCUACGAAGCCCUGAGCAGUGAUCCCAUUGAUGUGGCUGCCCUCAGACGCAUGGCUAUCAGCGAAGGAGGACUCCUGACUGAUGAAAUCAGAUGCAAAGUGUGGCCCAAGCUCCUCAAUGUCAAUACCAGUGACCCCCCUCCAGUGUCAGGGGAGGACCUACGGCAGGUGAGCAAGGACUACCAACAGGUGCUGCUGGAUGUCAGGCGGUCUUUACGACGGUUCCCUCCUGGCAUGCCAGAUGAACAGAGAGAGGGGCUGCAGGAAGAACUGAUUGACAUCAUCCUCCUCAUCUUGGAGCGCAACCCUCAGCUCCACUACUAUCAGGGCUACCAUGACAUCGUGGUCACCUUUCUGCUGGUUUUGGGCAAGAGGUUGACAACAUCUCUGGUAGAAAAAUUGUCUACCCACCACCUCAGGGAUUUUAUGGAUGCCACAAUGGAAAACACAAAGCACAUACUGAAUUACCUAAUGCCCAUCAUCGACCAGGUGAAUCCAGAGCUCCAUGACUUCAUGCAGAGUGCUGAGGUGGGGACCAUCUUUGCUCUCAGCUGGCUCAUCACCUGGUUUGGGCAUGUCCUGUCAGACUUCAGGCACGUGGUGCGGUUAUAUGACUUCUUCCUGGCCUGCCACCCACUCAUGCCCAUUUACUUUGCAGCUGUGAUCGUGCUGUAUCGUGAGCAGGAAGUCCUGGACUGUGACUGCGACAUGGCCUCGGUCCACCAUCUGCUAUCCCAGAUCCCUCAGGACCUGCCUUACGAGAUGCUCAUCAGCAGAGCAGGAGAUCUCUUUAUUCAGUUUCCCCCUUCCAAACUUGCAGUAGAGGCAGCUGCCCAGCAGGAGGCUGAGAGCACGGCAGCCUCUACUUUCAAAGACUUUGAGCUGGCAUCAGCCCAGCAGAGACCAGAUAUGGUGCUGCGGCAGCGGUUUCGGGGACUCCUACGUCCUGAGGCUCGAACAAAAGAUGUGCUGACCAAACCAAGGACCAACCACUUUGUGAAACUGGCAGUGAUGGGGCUGACAGUGGCACUUGGAGCAGCAGCAUUAGCGGUGGUGAAGAGUGCCCUGGAGUUGGCCCCUAAGUUCCAGCUGCAGCUGUUCCCCUGAAUUCAUCCAGAGGGGUUUCCUCCCUGCCCAGUGCACCAAGGCCUCUCGUGUGUGGAAGGUCCAGGAGAGGAGAGUUGCCGUGAUUAAAAGGGUUUCUGUCAAGGGUGUCCUCUUCCUGCCACCCUUGCCUGCCCACCCGUGUUGCCUUGGCUUUGAAGGCCAUAGCCCAGCUGUCUGACACUGGGAAACACUGGUCUCUUGGGCCAGCACAGUGGACCUGAGUGUGCUCUCUGCCAUUGCUCCUCCAGUGGGAGGAAGGGGCUGCCUUGGAGCCUCUGGAUCUGGGAUUUCCUGGCUGCCCAGUAGAGUGGAAGCUGGGCCGGGCACACCCUCCUCACAGCAUCUGAAGUAGUGUCUGCUUCCAGUAGAGCGGAAAGGCAGGGGAUGCCUCUCCCAGAGUCCAGCCGUGGAAUGAAAGCCAGAAGGCAGAGUUGUAGCUUGGAUGCCAGAUGGCCUGUCUUAAGAGCAGCCCUGUUAGCUGGUCAGAAUCAGACAAACGUGAACUGGAUUACCAGUUAAGUCAAACUUUUCUUCAGCCUAGAAUCACAUGGGUAUUCCCACUCUGUGCAAAGGAAUAUUAAUCACCUAGACCACUUUUUCCACUUUUCCCUCCCUCCUGUUCUCUUCUAUAAACCACCUGACAUUACAUCUAAAGACAUUUUUAAUACUAUUUUUAGAAUUAUGUACACCUAAAAUGUAAGUACUCUCACUUUAAAAGUAAUAAUUCCUUCCUGGAAAAAAUGCUUUUCAUCAGAAUGAUGACAUUUUACCAUCCUGGAGUUUACUUUUUACUGCUUUUCCUUUUUGGGAAUAGGGGUGGAGUACUGAGGAAGAACCCAGCACCUCUCGCAUGCUACGCAAGUUCUCUACCACCGAGUUCCAGCCCUAGUUCUUUUGUAUUUUGUACCCCGGCUGGCCUUGAAACAUUGACUCCUUAUGCCUCAGCCUCCCAAGCAGCUGGGAUGACAGGCUGUGCCUAGAGUCUGCUUUUACUCAACUGCUUAAACAUUUCUUUUUAGCCAGAGUGAGCUCCACAGUGCCCACCUCCUGACCGACCCUCCUUCCUGUUUUCUGCACAUACCUACUCUGCUUCCAGCGAGGCACCCGCUCUACUUUGGCCUGUCCUUGCAUUUGGUUUAUCUCAACUGCUGGUCUCUGCAGUUGGAAGUUUCAUUGGAAGCUUGCCAGCAUCCAGAAAGGGACAGACAUACUAGCCUGAAGGGCUUUGCAGGAGCCCCAAACAGCUAAUCCUGCCCUGGUUUCCCCCAUGACCCUCCAGGCCUCUGGGAACAGGGGAAUCACUUGGUCUUUCUGGGAGUUCUGCUAAAAGCAAAGCCAGGUUGGUUUUACAUUAACUAUUCUUUGAAAAGAAAAAGUGCCUUUUGCUGCUUCAGGGAAUGAGUGAGAAGAGCGAAGCAGCCAUGUGCUUUGAUUUUUCCUGGUCUUGACAGGUGAUUUCUUAAACAUGCCAGAAGCACUCCACCCUACUUUGUCCAGAUCCUGCUUCCGCUCCAUAUGGCCACCAUGGGCAGUGGGGAUGCUUAGUGUGCCAGACAGCUGCCACAGGCCAGAGUACUUAGUAAAUGUCCACCCCAAAUUACACUGAGCACUUUAACCAAAACAGGUUCCAAGUGGUGGGCCAUUCUUCAUGUGGGACCCCCUGCGUGUGAAGAACGUGGGUUAACUUACAAAGUGUGGGUUCAUCAGGACCAAGGGGAAUUCUCCCAGGAGCCACAGUGAAAAGCUGACAAGUAUUUCCAGUUUUCUCUCAGCAAGUGUGGCCUUUCGCCCUCUGUCCUUCAGCCUGCUUGACGAUGGGGGAAGUGAUGACGAGGAAGAGGCACACAGGCCCUGCUCCUAAGGCCACAGCUCUGGAUCUCAGGAAGCCAGUGGCGCUGUCUUGUGUUGUAACCUGCGGAGAAUGUCCUUGGUUUUGCUCACACCAGGGUUCUCCCCAGCCACCACGAAAACAUCGACUUACCUUCAGGGGACUUCUGUAAAGAGUAUGUGUAGAUAUUUUGUACAGGGCCCUGUAUGAAAUAAACAGCCAUAUGUGGUUCCUAAA